AUCGCAUCGCGUCGCCAACGACAAAAGCCCGCGAAGACAAGACAAGCACUUGGACUGUGCUGGUGCCCUGGUGUGUGCGGUGCCGGCGUGGGCCGUAGAUCGGACGGGCGAACCCCGGAGCCCCGUUUGUUUCCCGAUUUUGCGAGAUCCGAUUCCAAUUACUCGAUUCGAAUGACACGCAUUUUUUUGUCCUUUUGUAUUUUUUAUUAUUAUAGGCUUAUGUCCCAUCAGCGGUGCCGACAGACAGCAGAAGCGGGUACCUCACUGCAACCCUCGUUGGCUGGGCACGCCCUCUCUCCUUCAGGCAAGUCACUCGCCUGUGUGUCUCUCUUCCUUGGAGAGCCGUCCCAAGACAGCGUCGCAGUCGCGGGUCGCCCUGCGCCGCGUGGUACCCUCGCGUCGGUGGCAGAACGAGUUCCAGAACAACGCGCGGAACGGCUGGCCGACCAAGCUGAAAGAGGGGGUACAGUAGGACUCAACUCUCCCCAAUGCUCGCCAGCUCUCGCCAACUCUCGCAUUCGGUGCUUCACCAGCGUCCGGCGAGCCAAGACCACACCAAGACAGUGA